GGGUGGCAACAUUUGGGCCAGGUGGCAGCGUUUCACAAGUUUUUAGGGGGAACAAGAGACAAAAAAGCAUCUAAAUUUGAUCAAAAUUGGCGCAUAACAAAUAAAUUCGCUAUAUAAUAAUUGAAAUUUUCUGUAAAAUUGCAUAUUAACGGUCAACACAAGCACUAAUCAACAGUGGAGUGCAACAAACACACAAAUACACAGACAUAUUUUGUUGGUGAAAAAACAGGCGGUGGUAGCGGCAGCGGCAGCGACAGCGGCGGCGGCGACGCAACACACGCGACUUGCAAGAAAAAAAAACACGGCGAGGAGGACGACGACGAGAGAGAGUCCGAGAGAAAAAGAGAGAGAGAGUGUGUGUGUUUGCAUGUGUAUCUUAAGGAUACAUUGAACAACAAUAUACAAUGGACGUAUACGACGUUAGCGACGAUCUGAUUAAAAAGCUGAAUGAUUGGAAACUUAUCGGCAUCAUAUCCGGCAAAUUCAAUGAGCUCAAAGAGAACUACUCCAAGGUGAACUUUGUUGAGCACGCUCUCAUCGACUUCAAGUACAUGGAGAAGAUAUUCCUCAAUGUAACAUUGCGCGAGAACAAAUGCAACAAGCGCAGCGUCGAGUUUCGAAUGCUGGGAAAUGAGCAGUUUUCCCUCAAGAACAGGAAAUACUUUCAGGCACUCGAAUUGUAUAACAAGAGCAUUUGCUAUGCGGAACCAAACUCGGAGCACUUGUCGAUUGGUUAUGCCAAUCGAUCGGCGGUAUUCUUUGAAUGGAAACGGUACCGUGAGUGUUUGGCCAACAUUGAGCUGGCACGCAAGGCCAACUAUCCAGAGCGACUGCGGCAUAAGCUGGACAAGCGGGAGCGUGAUUGCCAGCAGUUGGUGCAGCAACAAGCACCGGAUAUUGUGCCCUAUGACUUUAAGCUGAGCUUUGAGGCACAUCCCCAGGUGCCGUAUAUUGCCAAUUGUUUGGAGCUGCGUGAAACCGCCGACGAGGGCAGAUUUAUAGUGACAACGCGGGAUCUGGUCGUUGGCGAUGUGAUUGCCGUGGAGCAACCGUUUUGUUGUUCCCUGCUGCCGCCAAUGCGUUAUAUACGAUGUGCGACCUGUAAACAGGAGCGUUUUUUAACGCUUAUACCCUGCGAUAGUUGCUGCUCGGUCAUGUUCUGCUCAGAGGAGUGUAAGCAGCUCGCCAACGACACCUUUCACAAGUAUGAAUGCCCCAUCAUCGAUUUAUUGCAUCGCAUGUUCAACAAAAUACAUGGAAUCGCGUUGCGUACGACGUUGAGUGCUUUGGAUCUUCAUGGUAGCAUUGAGGAGCUAAUGGCGUACUGUGAUCAGCCAAGUAAUCAGCAAAAGUGCGUCUUUGAUCUAGACUUUACGCAACUGACACCCCAAGAGCAUUAUCGAGCUAUUCACGGCCUUGUGACGAAUCAACAAUUGCGCUCCGUUUCGGAUCUCUUUCAGCGUUCUGUUGUCUGCGCCGUGCUCAAGCAUUUUAUCAUUGAGUAUACACCGUUGAAGGACUAUCUGGGUGGUGAGGAUGGUCGUAACUUUUUCACGGAUCUGCUAUUUCGACAUCUGCAAACAUCUCCAUCGAAUAUGCAUGGCAUUGAUCUCGUCGAGCAGGUGAAUGAAACCAAGGACGAUCAAUCGCACUCAUCCGGCGCCUAUGCGUUUCUAUCUCUCCUGAAUCAUUCGUGUGCGCCCAACACUCUGCGCAUCUACGAUGGCACCAAGGCCUAUCUAUUCGUCCUGCGGCCCAUUAAGGCAAACGAAGCGCUCUACGAUAACUACGGUGCCCACUUUGCUAUCUUUAGCAAGAAGGAGCGUCAGGAAAGGCUGUCCAUGCAAUAUCGCUUCAAUUGCAAGUGCGAGGCAUGCGAAUUGGAUCAUCCCAAGUAUAAAGGAAUGCCGCACAAGGCGACGGUGCCGUUGGUCAAUGACGAUACGGACAUGAAGCUAUUGGGCGCCUACAAUUAUGAAUUCGCGAUUGGCAAUUAUCAAAAGUAUUGUGAUUUCCUAACCGAAUAUGGCGCCGCUUAUCCCUGUGCGCAGAUCAGUUCGGCCGAGGAAUGCCUCAAGAUGGCUCUGCAUAUCAUGGUGGAUGCGGUGCCGCUCAAGGCCAAAAUGUAAAUUGUGUCUGAGACACAACGCACUGAACUGCCUCGCAAAAAACCCGCCAUCCCACCACCACAACCACAAACCCCAUCAUCAUCGUCAACCAUCAUAACUGCUUAAUUUAUCCUCCUUACUCAAGACACAGCGACGAACUCUUAAUUUUUGAAAGAUAAAGCAGUAAUUAAACCUAUUAUAAUUUGUUGCCAUAAGUU